UAUUGGAUAGAUAACGACAAUCUUUCUAGGAAAAUGAUUUUAAAUUUACGAAUUUUUUCUCGCUUAAACUUUACAAAUAUCAUUGCCAUACCUUCAUCAUGCCAUGACAUCAAACACAUUCCUAUAAUCUUAAAUAAAUCUUAUUCGUCAUCUCGAUUAAAAAAUAUAAAUCAUCGUUUCUUUUCAACACCUGUUACCACCUCACCAUUAACAACCUCAGAAAAAAAACGAAUCACUACAAAAAUCAAGAUUCGUCCUCUUCCUGAGAUAACCUCAAAAACACCACGUUAUAUAACUUAUGGUAUAAUCGGCAUUUCAUUUUGGGCUACAGCCAUCGCAUUAUCAUUUAAUUAUCAACGCAUAAAUAGUAGUACAGUCCAAGGAAGCCUAUUUGAUGUAAAACAUAAUCCAAAAGCUAUACAACAUUUAGGAAAAAAUAUCAAUUUUUCGGCACCUCAAUGGUGGCCCUUCCCUUCAGAAUGGACAUUUCCUUGGAUUUCAGGUGAUAUUAAUCAUUUGAAAGGAGUUGUGGAUUUUAAAUAUUGGGUAAAAGGGAAUGAUGGAAAGGGUAUUGUUAGAUUUUAUUCUAUUCGACAAUUAAAAGAUGGAGGAAAAUGGAAAAUUGUGGAGUUCACUUUAACAACAGAAGACGGCAAAGUUAUAUCAUUGGUUGAAUAA